CGGGAGAAAGUUUGGGAGGCAGGUUCAACUUGGUGGGGAAUUCCUCUCCCGCUCCCCCGCCGCACACACUUUCCAGCGCCCAGGGGGCGGCAGGGUCAGAGCUCUCAGGGCAUGAAUCAGUCUCCCCUCAGGGCUCCGCAAAGGCGCGCUCCGCCCUGUCCCGGGUCAGAAGGACUCUCACCCUACAUAAAGCAGCGGCACCCACCACGCUGAAACUCAGACUGCCUCAAGGUUGGACGCUGUGCACCUUCCUCCGCUGGCACAUCCUGGGGACGCCUCACCCCACGGGCGGCUUGAAUCCGGACACCAUGUACUCUGUUCGCCCCCUCCGGCUGGUGGUUCUGCCGCUGCUCCUGGUGGGGACUGCGCUGGGAGAUGCUCCUCAAGCGCCGCCAGGAAAUAACGCGGAGAUCUGCCUCCUGCCCCCGGAUGAAGGGCCCUGCCGGGCCCGGAUCCCCAGUUACUACUAUGACAGGUAUACGCAGAGCUGCCGCGAGUUCAUGUAUGGGGGCUGCGAGGGCAAUGCCAACAAUUUCGAAACUUGGGAGGCCUGCGAUGAAGCUUGCUGGAGGAUACAGAAAGUUCCCAAGAUUUGCCGGUUGGAAGUCAGUAAGAGGCAGUGUGGGGAGCUCAGAGAAGUGUAUUUCUUCAAUCUAAGUUCCAUGGCAUGUGAAAAAUUCAUAUCUGGCGGGUGUCACAGCAGUGAGAACCGGUUCCCGGAUGAAGCUACUUGUAUGGGCUUCUGUGCACCAAAGAAAGGUCCAUCAUUUUGCUAUAGUCCAAAAGAUGAGGGACUAUGCUCUGCUAAUGCAACUCGCUAUUAUUUUAAUCCAAGACACAAAGCCUGUGAGGCCUUCACCUAUACUGGCUGUGGAGGGAAUAACAAUAACUUUGUUAACGUGAAGGACUGCAAACGCAUUUGUGUAAAAGCCUUGAAAAAGGGAAAAAACAAGAUGCCAAAACUUCUCUUUGCAAGUAGAAGACUGAAAAUUAAGAAGAAGCAAUUUUAACCCUUUUUUCUUUUUCCGUAUGUCAUCUUGUGAAUGACUUUAUGGUUAUAUCUGAAGGAUAAUAUGGUAAUACAAGUAAGCAAAUCAUUAGUGAUUUAUUCACCAGUUCUUAUAUGUUACAUUUUUUAAUUUGUGUAGUUUUUAUACAUAACUAGCUGCUAUUCAAAUGCGAAUCUAUUAUUUUAAAUUUAAUGUUCAACUAUUUUUUAUGAGGUUAAAUUCUUGCUGUGCAUAAGAUAUAAAAGCAAACAUGACUCACCCAGUUCUUGGGGUUGCUCUCCCUGAUUUCAGAAGAUGAUAGUAACUGAAAAAUAAAAGAAUAUGAUUAUAUUGUCUUAUAACAGAUAGGAUUAUAAAAAGGACCAGCAAAUAUAUUUAAUUUUGCAUUUAAAAGUCAGAUUAUAUUUUGGACCCAAGGAGACAAACUUGCAGACUUACCAACACUUCAAAAAAUGUUACAAAUGCUAUUAUAUAGACACUGCUAAGUUACUUCUAUUUCUACAGUGUCAUUUAAAAGAUAAUAAAAUAAAGUAACUGUUUUGCCUGAAUUAAAAAGCUAGUAAAGUAAUUACAACCAGAAAUGUUCUCCUCGGGUUGGGGUGGGGGGAUUCUCUGUCUCUCUCUCUCUCUUCAUCUAUCCAUUCAUCCCCACUCAGCAUUAAGUUGUUAAAAUUUUUGUACUGUUCAAGGUGCUUAUUUAUACUAUACCAGAGACAAUGCAUAAAUUUAAUAAUUUAAAUUCCACUAAUAAAAUAUUCCUGAUAAAUAUGAUCA